AUGGAUUUGAUUUCUGUGCCUAAAGUUCUUGAUAGUGGAGUUUAUAAGUAUGAAGUUGUUUAUAAGGAAAGUGAAAAGUCUGAAUUGCAGUGGAAACAAGUCAACAGUGAUGCGGAGGAUACUUCUUCCAAGGUGCCUAGGAAGUAUUCUAAGUUGGAUUACCGUACAUGUUGUGAAGCUUACAUUGAUUUUGUUAUUGAUGAGAAAGGUGUUUGGACUGCCAAUAUGGAUCAUAAUCAUGCUAUGAUACCUGUUGAGAAAAGACAUCUCCUUAGGUCUCAAAGGAAAAUUCAAGGUGAGCAUUUGAAGUUCAUAAGUACUAUGAAGGCUAGUGGGGUUAGGGUUACGGAUUCUCUUCGUGCUUUAAGGAAAGAAGUUGGUGGAUCUCCUAAUCUAUGCUACACUGUUACUGAUGUUUACAACGCUUUAGCUACUGAAAAAGCCGGCAGAUUAGAAGGUGGUGAUUGUAAUGCUUUGAUCAAGUCUUUUGCUGCAAGACAAGCCAAGGAGAAUGACUUUUAUUAUGAGUUUGAGGUUGAUGGAAAUCAUGCCCUUUGUAGUGUAUUUUGGAGGGAUGGAAGAAUGCGAAGGGAUUAUGAAGCUUUUGGUGAUUUGAUGGUGUUCGAUACCACCUAUAGAACUAACAAAUAUGGCAUGAUUUGUGCCCCUUUUGUUGGUAUGAAUCAUCAUUGUAAUAAUGUCAUGUUUUUGGAAUGGGUUUUGUUCUUGAUGAAAAGACCAUCAGUUUUGUAUGGUUGUUUAAGGCUUUUAUGA